CUCCAGAGCCUCGUGGAGCCCAGGCUCCAGAGCACCUCCGCCUCCUGACGCCCGCGAGCCCCCACCCCACCCCGCCAGAAACGCGCUUCAGGACAGGGCGGCAGCGCGGCUUCGCCCACGAGGAAGCCGCGCUGCUCGGCAGCCUUCGCCCGGCGCUGGGGCAACCGCUGGAAAGGAGGCAGCCGGCGCUCCUGUUAUCCCGAGCCGACGACGCGCCUUCCGCGGCAGCACCAGGCGGGCCGGCGGGCAGAGGUGCGCUCCCCGUGCUUGGCGCCGUCGGGGCGCCCCUCCCAGCCGGGGCUGGCGCGCGCCGUCGGGGGAUUGUCGCCCCUGCCGGACGGCCGGCCUCCGAGGAAGGUUGGCCUCCGGCUGCUGGGGACGCCGAGGCGCCGGAGGAGAGGCCCCUGGCGGCCGCCCUGCCGUGUCCCCACCGGCCCCUCAGGUACAAAAUAAUUACUCUACAGAAUUAAGAAGCGAAAGGAAAAAAUGGCAGGGGUUAUUCCUAUUGGCUACCUGUCCUAUUUCUUUGGCAACAUCACACGCGAAGAAGCAGAAGAUUACCUGAUGCAAGGCGGGCUGAGCGACGGACUGUACCUACUGCGACAAAGCCGCAACUAUCUCGGUGUCUUUGCUUUGUCCCUGGUCCAUGAUAGCAAAGUGUAUCAUUAUAUCAUUGAGAGGGAAAAGAGCGGGACGUACGCCAUUACAGGAGGGAAAUCCCACCAGAGUCCUGUAGAACUCAUUCAUUACCACUCAGAUGAAGUGGAUGGUCUUGUCUGCCUGCUGAAGAAGCCCUGUCAUCGGCCACCAGGAGUGGAACCAAAAACAAGUCAGUUUGAGGACUUAAAGGAGAAUCUCAUCAGGGAUUAUGCCAAGCGAAGAUGGAACUUGCAUGGACAUGCCCUUGAGCAAGCUAUUAUUGGUCAGAAACCCCACUUAGAGAAAUUGAUUGCUACAACUGCACACUUGAAUAUGCCCUGGUUCCAUGGGAAGAUAUCUCGGGAGGAAUCGGAGUAUCGUGUUCGCCUAGGGACAAAGACGAAUGGGAAAUUUUUAAUUAGGGAAAAAGAGAACCAGGAAUCCUAUGCUCUCUGUCUGCUCAAUGAAGGAAAGGUAGUACAUUAUCGCAUUGAGAAGGAGAGAAAGGGGAAAUUCUCAAUCCCGGAAGGAAAGAAGUUUGAUAGCCUCUGCCAGCUAGUGGAACAUUAUUCCUACAAAGCAGAUGGACUUCUAAGAAUCAUCACAGAUCCAGUCCCAAAUCCUCACUUGGCAAAUGGCACGUCCUUCGCAACACAUCGUAAGUCUCGUGGCAGCAAGCCACCUUUACCUGUUCCUGGCUGGAAUGAUGGUUGUGCCUUACCUUCAUCCUCAUCAUCUAACACUUCUCCAUAUAACCCUUAUGGGCCAUCAUGGAUAAAGCAAGUUGAUCAGAGGUUCCCCAUGGACACGGAGGUCUAUGUGAGUCCAUAUGUAGACACAGAAGAGAUAAAAGCUACCCUUGACCGAAAUCUGCUGACCCUGGAAGAGCAGGAAAUUGGUUCUGGUAAUUUUGGCACUGUGAAAAAGGGCACCUAUGAAAUGAAAAAAGGGAAAACAACAGUGGCUGUGAAAAUUCUCAAGAACGAAGGCAAUGAUCCCGCCAUAAAAGAUGAACUGCUGAGAGAAGCACUUGUAAUGCAACAACUGGAUAACCCUCAUAUUGUCCGAAUGAUUGGCUUGUGUGAGGAUGAGUCCUGGAUGUUGGUAAUGGAAAUGGCUGAACUUGGCCCAUUGAAUAAAUAUUUGAUAAAACACAGAGAUGUCACAGAAAAGAAUAUCAUAGAGCUGGUUCAUCAAGUGUCCAUGGGGAUGAAAUAUUUGGAAGAGAACAACUUUGUGCACAGAGAUUUAGCUGCGAGAAACGUACUGCUGGUUACACAACAUUAUGCCAAAAUCAGUGACUUUGGACUUUCCAAAGCACUGGGCUCUAGUGAUUAUUAUCAGGCACAGCGUUAUGGGAAAUGGCCAAUCAAGUGGUAUGCUCCAGAAUGCAUGAACUUCUUCAAAUUUUCAAGCAAGAGCGAUGUUUGGAGUUUUGGUGUCUUAAUGUGGGAGGCUUUUUCCUAUGGGCAAAAGCCAUACAAGGGCAUGAAAGGGGGAGAGGUUGCUCAGAUGAUUGAACUAGGAUUGCGCAUGGAAUGCCCACCUGCCUGCCCACCUGAGAUCUAUGACUUAAUGAAGUUGUGUUGGACGUAUAACGUUGAUGAUCGGCCAGGAUUUUCUGCGGUGGAGUUCAGGCUGCGCACCUUCUACUAUGACAUUGCACAAUAAGAGCAUGGCGUGCUUAAUAUUGACGAUUGUAAAAGGAGAUACCGAGCAUGAGGCAAAUAACAAGUCCGAAGAUGCUCUCCAGGGAAAUCUUUGGGGAAAAGUUUUGCUGUGAAACCGCCUGUGCUGCUUUUCAGAGCGUUUCUACAUGUAAAGGAUCGUUUUCAAAGUGGGGUUCCUGUUGUCCUUUGGAUAUUAGUUAUGUUUUUAACCUUUUGACUGUGGACUGGCAUGGAUUUUGCUGCAGGCCAAGAGAGCUAAGCAGACCUCUCCAGACACCUUUCCUGCUCUCAGCAGAAGACCUGUAUUGCUGUUAAGAGGUCUUCCAUGCCUUACUUGUUCCUGUUAAAUCAGGGAUACUCACACUGCCUCUUUCAUAGCCUUUCCUUGGGGCUUUUAACACAGGGAUUGAUUCUAGACCACAACUGAGCCUGUUUUAAGUAGUAGAGCUCAGCCUUAGACUGUGUUUAAUGAGUUACCAAUUCAAACUGUAUAAGUAGUAUGUUGUUCAUGUGCUAAACAACCAUGUUGCCUUGGUCUUUGCCAGUACUUCUUCCUUGCUGUUAAGUCUUAUUCUACAGAGAAAUCUAAUUCUUCUGCAGGCUGUUUUCCACAACAGCAACUUAACCACAACCUCUACCCUGAUCUAUACAACUAAAGCUGCAAUAACUGAAGGCAUUUACUUGGGGUGAAUCCCAAUGAUGGACUUGAGUAUACAUUUUCAUCAUUUCCUGAUAAACUAUAAAUCACUUUCACAGUAAGAAUAAAAUACAUGAACCUG